AUGGCGAUCUUAACCAAUCUCCUAUUACCUCUUCUCUUAGUCGCCACCAUCUCCCCCGCACCUGCACUAUGCUAUGUCAACCCUGGUGCUAUGAAAUUGCGAGAUGCCACAGUCACUUCUUCUUAUCGCACAUACAUUGUGCUCGUCCAGCCACCGCGCUCGAAUGCCAGCGAAGACAUGCACCGUCGGUGGCACAUGUCGUUCUUGCCUAGCUCGCACACCGACAACAUCAGCGAGGCACGUCUCCUUCACUCGUACACCCAGGUGUUCAGUGGCUUCGCCGCGAGGCUCACCGACGCCGAGGUCGACGCGGUGGCCAAGAAGCCGGGGUUCGUGCGCGUUUUCCCGGACAGGACGCUGCAGCUCGCGACCACGCACACGCCGGAGUUCCUCGGGCUGAAGAACGGCACCGGGAUCUGGAGCAGUGCUGAUCACGGCAAGGGUGUGAUCAUUGGUCUGCUCGACAGCGGCAUCCACGCGGCGCAUCCUUCCUUCGACGAUCAUGGUAUCCCGCCGCCGCCGGCGAGAUGGAAGGGCUCAUGCAAGGCAGCCCGGUGCAACAACAAGCUCAUCGGUGCCAAGUGGUUUGUUGGGGGCGACUCUGCCGAUGAGGUGGGCCAUGGAACGCACACCUCGUCUACGGCUGCUGGGAACUUCGUAAGCGGCGCCUCCUACAAGGGCGUGGGUGCCGGCACCGCCGCCGGAAUUGCGCCCGGCGCCCACGUCGCCAUGUACAAGGUGUGCAGCGAGGAGGAGUGUGAGACAUCCACCAUAUUGGCCGGCCUGGACGAGGCCAUCAAGGAUGGGGUGGACGUGCUCUCGGUGUCCAUCGGAGGUGACACCAGCAUCAGCUUUGAGCAUGACCCCAUCGCCCUCGGCGCCUUCAGUGCGGUAUCCAAAGGCAUCACCGUGGUGUGCGCGGGCGGCAACAGCGGCCCCGCGAAGAUCACCGUCACCAACGACGCGCCAUGGCUGCUCACGGUCGCCGCCGGCUCGGUGGACCGGAGCUUCGACGCCAGCGUGUAUCUCGGCGACGGCAGGCGCGUCGACGGAGAAACGCUCACCCAGCUGGCGGCCAAGCCCAGCUCAGAGCGGUACCCUCUGCUCUACUCCGAGGCACGACAGUACUGCGAGUACGAGGGCGACCGCUCCGUCGCCGGGAAGAUUGUGGUUUGCGGGCUAACGAACUCCAAGGAUCAAGCGUCCAACGUCAAAAGCAUAGUGGACGCUGGCGCCGCCGCCGUUCUGCUGUACAACGACGAACUCGGCGGCUACACCACCAUUCUUAUGGAUUACAACACCAGCGUGGUUGAGGUAUCCGCCGCCGAUGGAAAGGUCCUCAGAGAUUACGCGACGUCGGCGAAAAACAGUGUUGCGUCUCUCACAUACAACAACACGUUGCUGGGUGUUCGUCCGGCCCCAGUGGUGGCGUGGUUCUCUGCUCGGGGUCCAAGCGGCAUCGCCCCCGGCAUUCUCAAGCCGGACAUACUGGCACCGGGGCUCAACAUCCUCGCCGCAUGGCCCCCUAAAACGGACUCUGGAUCGGGGCCUUUCAACAUCAUAUCCGGCACAUCCAUGGCGACGCCGCACAUCAGUGGCGUUGUAGCUCUCGUCAAGAGCUUGCAUCCUGAUUGGUCUCCGGCCGCCAUCAAGUCUGCCAUCCUGACGACCUCCGAUGUCGUCGACAACACUGGUGGCCCGAUCUUGGACGAGCAGCACGGGAAAGCCAAUGCGUGCGCAAGAGGCGCUGGCCAUGUGAAUCCGACGAGAGCUGCUGACCCUGGCCUUGUGUACGACAUCACCGCCGCAGAGUUCGCCGGCUACAUCUGCUGGCUCCAAAGCACCGACGCCAAGGCUGCCAGUCUGCUGAACUCGAGCUUGCCCUGUGGCGACCUGCCCAAGAUCACCGAAGCGCAACUCAAUUACCCAACCAUAACCGUGCCGCUGAGGCCGACACCGUUCAUCGUCAACAGGACGGUGACAAACGUCGGCCCGGCGGAAUCGACCUACACUGCGAAGGUGGAAGCACCAACGACAUUGGCGGUCCAUGUCUCACCGGAGACGCUGUCCUUCUCUAAGGUUGGAGAGAAGAAGACGUUCAGCGUGUCGGUGAGCGGCCACGGCGUGACCGAAGAAGAACUCACCGCAGAGGGAAGCCUGAGCUGGGUGUCGGAGAAGCACGUCGUGCGGAGCCCGGUCGUUGCCAUAGUCGGGAUCGGCAGGCGCGGCAGCCCUCCUCCCGCGGCUUCACCACCAGGCAGGACGUUGUCACACCUUACUUGA